UUAGUUCAUAUAAUCAUGCUACUUAUAGGGCUAUGUUUACCGAAUGAAUUAAACAAGGAUGAUAUGACACCUGGAAAACACCCGGAGGUGUGUUCAGAUUCCCAUCUAGGUGCUCCAGGUACAUGUCAUCCUUGUCUAAUGUACGAUAAACAACAAGGAUGGAGUGAUACUUGGGUAACACUCGAAUGGGAAUGUGAACACGAGCUAGCAUGGGUAUUCUUACAUCAUGGACGUCCGUAUUCCCCCUUCAGUAGUAUAAGCUCUAUGACUCUCGGACGAGGCGAGCGUGCGGCAGUGAUUAACAAUGCGACAAUGAGGAGACUCAACGAGUUUCUCGCGAUCUGCGUCGUAUUGCAGUGCUUUUAUGGUGUAUGCACCACACACUUGCUAAUAAACGUCAAAAAUCAGGGCGGUGAUAUUCUUCUAGAAACAAUCUCGUCUAAUGUUACAGAAGAUUUAAUUACUCUCGAAUUUCAGCGUUCCGAUGGCACACUAGUCACACAACUUAUUGAUUUCAAAAAUGAAGUUCAAGUUAUAAAAGCUUUGGUACUCGGUGAAGAGGAACGUGGACAAAAUCAAUAUCAAGUUAUGUGCUUUGUAAAUCAUUUUUAUAAAGUAGAUUUUAUAUCAUCUGAUGCAAUGUCCAAACUACGUCAAAAGAAUCCAGGUACCGUACGGGUAGCUGAGGAGGAUAGAGGUCAUGUCAAUUACACAAUGGACUUGUUUCUGGAUGUUUCUCAAUCCAAGGAAAUCUCAAAGCAUGUUACCAUACUUUGUGCAGAAGCAGCUGGAUCAACUUACACUAGGAAUGAUGAUAUAAAACAAUGGAUUCAAAGACCAGGUUCCUCGGAAGAGUUACUAAUGGCAGCUGUAUAUAAUUUCACAAAUGUGCCACAAUCGGGUAUGAAUGAUACAAGGUCAUUAUUGGUCUCUAAAUGUGCUGACACAUCAAAUCUCUGGGCACCUUGUACGUGUUCCCUCGAAUUGUGCAUCGGUUGGUAUCCGUGUGGUUUAAAAUUUUGCAAAGGAAAGUCUGAUGGCAAAAAGGUAGCAAGCACUUAUCGAUGUGGCAUAAAAACAUGUAAGAAAUGUUUUAUAUUCUCAUAUUAUUCUAAAAUGAAACAGAACUGUCUAUGGGAUGAAUGACAUAUAAGGACACUAUAGAUUGAAAAUUUCAAUUUAUUGUAAGCAUGGCAGUACCAUAAAAAAAAUGAAGAAAGCUAGAAACAAAUUGAAUAUCUCAGAAAAGUUUCUAAGGCCUGUAUUUAUAGUCGUGUUUCUGCUGAGAAAACUCAGCUGAAACUAAUCUUGAGUCGUGGAACAGUUCAAUAAACGAAUCUUGGGAGUCAAUUUAUAACUGCGAUUCAAGUGAGGAACUCAAAUGAAAUUUAUCUCGAAAUAUUUUUUACGAUUCAAUAGUCUUGAAACAAGAUCUCGAAAUUUAUAUCCUCUAAUUCUUUGAGUCGAGAAAACUGUCGUAAGUAUGGUUCGGAGAUAACUUGGGAAGAAAAAAUUAUAUGAUAUUUAUAU